CCCAGACCCCAGUCUCCAGUGCUCACUGUAUAUAAAGGCCUUGACAGUGCCCGUAAGUCAAAAUUUCGCGAAUUUCACCUUCCACAUUUUAAUUUCCCUCUUCUCUCUACUUUUUAAAUACAGUACGCGCCAGAUACAAAAACAUUUGUCUCUGAUUCGAAACCCUAGUUUUCCCGAGAAAAGGAAGAUAAGAAACAGGAGAGAAUGCCUCGAGAAAUCAUCACACUGCAGGUAGGACAAUGCGGGAACCAGAUCGGAAUGGAAUUCUGGAAGCAGCUCUGCCUCGAGCAUGGUAUCAGCAAAGAUGGCAUUCUCGAGGAUUUCGCUACUCAGGGAGGUGACAGGAAAGAUGUGUUUUUCUAUCAAGCUGAUGAUCAACAUUACAUACCACGAGCUUUACUAAUAGAUUUAGAGCCCAGGGUAAUCAAUGGUAUACAAAACAGUGAAUACCGAAAUCUAUACAAUCAUGAGAACAUCUUUGUUUCAGAUCACGGUGGUGGUGCUGGAAAUAACUGGGCAAGUGGAUAUCAUCAGGGGAAGGGAGUCGAAGAGGAUAUAAUGGACAUGAUUGAUAGAGAAGCUGAUGGAAGUGAUAGCCUUGAGGGUUUUGUUCUGUGCCAUUCAAUUGCUGGAGGAACAGGCUCAGGUAUGGGUUCAUAUCUGUUGGAAACUCUGAAUGAUCGCUACAGCAAAAAGUUGGUUCAGACAUAUAGCGUAUUUCCUAACCAAAUGGAGACAAGUGAUGUGGUGGUCCAGCCCUACAACUCACUUUUAACGCUCAAGAGACUGACAUUAAAUGCUGAUUGUGUCGUUGUUCUUGACAACACUGCACUGAAUAGAAUUGCUGUUGAACGGCUACAUCUGUCAAAUCCUACAUUUGCUCAAACUAACUCUUUGGUCUCUACUGUUAUGUCUGCAAGCACAACAACAUUGCGGUAUCCUGGAUAUAUGAACAAUGACCUGGUUGGUCUUCUCGCCUCUUUAAUUCCAACACCAAGAUGCCAUUUUCUUAUGACAGGAUAUACACCACUCACAGUUGAGCGCCAGGCUAAUGUGAUUCGUAAAACUACUGUGCUGGAUGUUAUGAGGAGACUUCUGCAGACGAAGAACAUUAUGGUGUCCUCUUAUGCGCGAACAAAAGAAGCCAGUCAAGCAAAGUACAUUUCCAUAUUGAAUAUCAUUCAAGGAGAAGUGGACCCUACUCAGGUUCAUGAAAGCUUGCAAAGGAUUCGUGAAAGAAAGCUUGUGAACUUCAUUGAGUGGGGCCCUGCUAGUAUACAGGUUGCUCUGUCAAGAAAGUCUCCAUAUGUCCAAACCGCCCACAGAGUAAGUGGUCUCAUGCUAGCAAGCCAUACUAGCAUCCGGCACCUAUUCAGCAAAUGUUUGAGCCAAUAUGAGAAGCUUAGAAAGAAACAAGCUUUUCUUGAUAAUUACCGGAAAUUCCCAAUGUUCGCUGACAAUGAUCUUUCUGAAUUCGAUGAAUCAAGGGACAUAAUUGAGAGUUUGGUUGAUGAAUAUAAAGCCUGUGAAUCUCCAGAUUAUAUCAAAUGGGGAAUGGAGGAUCCUGACCACGUUCUAACUGGAGAAGGCAAUGCUACAGGAACUGUGGAUCCAAAUUUAGCAGUUUGAACAUAAUAUGUAACUUGCUUUGAAGAUUCCCAAUUACAGGAAGUAAUGGUGCUAAAUGCACACUGGAGGACUGGCUGUAAAUAAAUGUAGACAGAUUGACAUCAGAAUUCUUCCUGUUUCGCGGGAAGCUUGAUGGUUUGUGGUGUGCUAAUUUUUUGGCUGUUUGAUUUUGUUAAGCUUCUUCCUCUAAAUCUUCAUUGGCAAAAUGGAGAUUCAGAAUCCCACUGUAUCAAGUUUCACGGAGUUUAAUGUUUGAUUGGCAUCUGAUAGGGAAUACAAGCAAUACUUGUCACCAAACUA